GGUUCGAUAAUUGUGCUAGCUUGGUUGAGACCAUUCGCUCGCCCGUCCAUAGCUAUUAUCAGAUUAAUAUACGGAUUAUUUUGAUUAUAUUGUGUGUAAUUUAUUGAUUAGACGGUCUGGUGAAGUGACAAAAAUCGUGGAAUAAAAACUAUUUUAAUAUAAAUUAAAAAAAAUUUUAAAAAACAAUAAAUUAUAACAACACAACAUGGAUAGUGUGAAUAAGGUAUGCUCUAAUAAUGGUAUCAUUAAUGGUGGCACCUCGAAUGGAUCUUCCGGCAGCCAAAUAUCUAAUGGCACUGCACGUAAUAGAGAUUCUUGGGAAGAAGUCACAAUUGAGGUGCCAUGGGGUACCGUACAAGGAAAAUGGUGGGGAAGUCGUAAUAAACAGCCAAUAUUAGCAUUGCAUGGAUGGCAAGAUAAUUGUGGUAGCUUUGAUAAAUUGUGCCCACUUAUGCCUCCAGAGAUACCAGUACUAUGCAUUGAUUUGCCAGGACAUGGAAAAUCUUCACAUUAUCCCAAAGGUAUGCAAUAUUUCCUAUUUUGGGACGGUAUAUGCCUGAUUCGCCGCAUUGUACGCAAAUACGGCUGGAAGCGAGUUACUUUAAUGGGUCAUUCACUGGGCGGUGCUUUAACCUUUAUGUAUGCUGCUAGCUUCCCCGCAGAAGUUGAGAAAUUGAUAAAUAUUGACAUUGCUGGACCUACAGUGCGCAGUAUUGAACGCCAUGCAGAUACAACCGGAUGGGCAUUAGAUAAAUUCCUGGACUAUGAAACAUUACCAGAAACCAAGGUACCUUGUUAUACCUACGAUGAAAUGGUCAAAUUGGUAUUAGAUGCUUAUGAGGGUUCUGUGGAUGAACAUUCGGUGAAGGUGUUGAUGGAGCGUGGCAUGGAAACGGCACCUCAACAUUUACACCGCAAUGGCUAUCACUUUUCCAGAGAUUUACGCUUGAAAAUCUCUCUACUUGGCAUGUUUACAGCUGAUCAAGUAUUGGCUUAUGCCAAGCGUAUACGCUGUAAAGUACUAAAUAUUCGUGGUAUUCCGGGCAUGAAAUUUGAAAAUCCCCAAGUCUAUGAAAAAGUUAUUGAAACUCUGAAAGAAAAUGCUAAACUUGUGAUAUACAAAGAAGUACCUGGCACACAUCACUUGCAUCUCUGUACACCGGAACGUGUGGCUCCGAUUAUUAAUGAUUUUUUAUUAGAAGCGUAAUCGAAAUAAAA